AUGAACGGAUUCGGCGGGGUGCGCCGCUUCCUGGCAUCUGCCACGGGAGGGACUGGAGGGACUGCGUCUCCUCCUACCUCUGAGGCGCCGCUCAAGCCAGGUGCUCCAACAUGGCCUCCGCCACUGCCGUCCUCGGGCUCCAACCCUCCCUCACCAAUCACCUCGCCACUCCUUCUCAGGAAGGAAAAGCUGGAGGAGGCAGAGACCCCACGAUCUCCCGUACGGUCCAGGUCCCAGUCCAAGCGUCCCCCACUCAGCGGAUCGCCCAAACCAUCAUCUCCGUCGUCACUCUCCCGCAUGUCCUCGCCGAACACGAGGCCUGUGAGAUCUCGCACCGCGUCACAACCACCGGCUAACAGGCGCGACGAGCUUCUAAUCAGUCUUCUCGCAAGUGAAGCUGUUGUAGAUAGUCGGGAUUUCGAGAUCUUGAGCUCAGAGGAAGUUGAGGAGCUAAAGAAGGUAUGCUCGCAUUCCGCAGAACCUGCAUCGUCUAAAGGACUGCAGGAACAAUUGUCUCUCAUGACCCGUCAAGGCGCUUUGACCAAGAAAGUGACGCUUGAGACGAAGAUCCGUGACGCAGCUCUCUCACUCAGUAAAGUCAAUGCGUCUCACAAGACGGUGUCGAAACAAUCAGAAGAGCAGCUGGAGGCAUCGAACAAACGCGUCGCUGCUGUUCAGCUAGAGCUCCAGCGUAUCACGGAACGUACAAAUGAAGUCAACCGCCGUCUGCUCGAACACCGUGCUGGCGUGCUCAGUUACUCUGUGCGCUCCAUGGAACGCAAGAACGACUCCACGCAUAACGACUCUGGAUACACGACGCCUCAUCACAGCCCGAGCGGAUCGACCGUCACUCGUUUCGACGGCGCACACUUCUUCGCCGGACACGAGAGCAGCGUGAUUCCCAAUAGCAACAUUAGCAAGAUAGUUCCUGCGGCAGCCGUCAUGGAGCUCGAGGAGAAGCUCACCCGUGCUACUGAGGCACUUGCCGCUUCUAGUGCGAAACAGGCUGAGCUCGUUCGUGACCUUGCUGCCGCCCGUGCAGAAAAGGAAGCUGCCGAGGAAGUUGCUCGUGCCGAAGCAGACCGAGCUACGGAGGCCAAUCGGGCUCGGGAAGCUGCGCUCGCAGAAACAGAUAUUGCUGGCGCCGAGGAACUGCUACGCGCUCAGGAAACCAUCGCCGCCCUGGAAGCGGCCCGCCCGGAUGUUGAUGCAUUGAUCAAAGCAGAGAGGGCAAGAGCGGAUCAAGAGCGGGCAGAGUUGGUUCGAGGGUUCGACGAGGAGAGGGAGUCACUGACACAAGAGAGGAAUGCUGUCGAAGAAGAACGGCUGGAAGACCUCGCCCGUCUGCAGGAAGAAUCGGAUCGAAUUCGAGCCGAGGAUACCGCUGCUUUGAAACUUCUGCAAACAGAGCUGGACGACAGUACGGCUGCACUUCAGGCGCUGAUCGCGACACAUAGCAUUCCACUUUAUGCACGAAACCCUUCGAUUACGGCAUUGGUGACUACGAUUGGAACACAUGUGCAGGGUCUAGCCGCCAAUGCUGACAGUCAUGCGUCUGCGCAAGCAGAAUGGGACACUGUUCGGCGCAAGCUCGAGGAAGAUGUACGCGCUGGUUGGGACAAGCGAGAAGCCUUGUCACGAGACAUUGAAGAGGCCAGGAGAGAGCGAGAAGAGGCACGGAACGAGUUGAGGGCAAUGGAAUUGCGUGUCAAGACUGAUGUACCGUCACUAUCGCCCCCGGCCCAAGUGGAGACUGCGGACAACAAAGAAAUCAUAGCUUUGCUGCAGCCCAUUUGGGCUAUCCUUCCAUCUCCUGAGGCACGGGCAGCUAAAUUUUCCCAACAACGUGCUUUCCGGGCUGGCUCCGGGCCAACGUCGCCGACGAAUAGUUCUCCGAACAGCCCAAAUCCUCCGGGAUCCCUUUCGGAGCUGGACGUACGGGCUCUGAAAUCAUUGUAUGAUCCGCGAGCACCGCCGAGUCCAAACCCUUCCGUAGGAGGCACAUUCACUUUUGUAGCAUUCGCCGCGCGAGUGCAGGCUCUCAUUGCGGACGACCGAUCUUUGAUCGAGAGACUCAUCCGAUUCGCGCAGGCACAUGAUCUGUUGAAGAAGAACGCAGAGCGCGCCCAGAAACUUGCGCAAGAGGGCAAUCUUGCCUUGGAGACGUACCAGAAACAGGUCCGCACACUCGAAGAGCGCAAUAUGGAUUUGACUACUAAAGUUUCCGCCUUGCAAAGUGAAGUCACCGAGUUGGAGAACAACGUCGAGCGGGUCUUGAGCGAGAAGCGGGAUGUGGAAGCGAGUGCAGCUGAUCAGGCAGCCACUUGCAUCCAAUUGACGGAAGCCAACAAUGCGCUUAGCGCUAAGACCCUUGCUCUCGCUGAGGAGGCUGCAGCUGCACCAGAAGCCGUCCGUCGGCAACUCGAGGGGCAGUUGACCGAGGUGCGAGCUGCCCUGGAAGCAGCUCGAACGGAGGUCGAUGCUGUGAGGAAUGCGGGGUCCGGCCAGCAGAUGGCUCUUAUGGAAGAGCUCAACAAUCUGCAGAUGGAGAACGACAAACUCCGUGACCAGGUACGGUCGAUCAAGAAGUAGCCGUGAUUAGUCGCGAAUGCCAGUGUUUAUCUGUGCAUUGCUAUCCUAGCACUUUAAUAUCAUACUUCGUCUGGAAUGUGAGCAUUCGGAUGAGUACUAGCAGUCUUUUUCUUUCCAACGGAUCAAACAGACACGGCAAGGAGCGGGGAUAUUCUAUUAGACUGAAGGUCGUGUAUUACAAGAAUAAAUGAUGGCAUGGCAUCUAAUUUUGGGCCUGUGCCUCAGCCAGGCAGCGAGAACACUCGCAGGGGAACUUCCAUCCCCGGGCAAUCUCUUUCCUCCGCCGCAGACGGCAGUCGCUGGCGCUUUCGUCCGCCUUCUGAGUGACAUCGACAUACGCAACGCUGAGCACAUCGCCCUUCUUGAGGUCUUUGGCUGCGACUAAGUGCAGCUCGGACGUUCCGUUCGGGAACGUGGCUCGCGCGUUGGGCUCACAGGAGUGCGGCAAGUACGUCGAUAUCGAGUAGAGUGCUGUGCCAGUCUGACGCUCUGUGCCAGCUGCCGUGCGCGUGAUCUCGGUGUUUUCGGGCCGAUGCGUCGACGCCGGCUGCGCAGACGUCAGGAAGACACAAAUGGGGAUUAUGAACAGAAACCCACUCGAUCUUCUCUUCCCUCGCCGAAAGUGACCCCGAAGGCGUUGAACGCGAGCUUCCCGCACAGGGACUUGUGUCCGUCCUGAGGGAGAAAUGCCUCCAGCCCCGGAAGUGUGUUGCGCAUGAGAUUGACCAACAAGCCGAACUCCUCCUCGGACGGCUCCCCCUUGCCGGUGGUCCAGCGCUCGACGUAGUCUUCGAUGGCGUACUUCUGCGCGCCGUCCGCUUGGGCAUAGUCGUCCUCCGCGUGCGGUUGCCCGGCAGCAGUCAGCUGCCGCGCGAUGAACUUGGCGACAAGUGAGGAAACAGCUUUCUGGUCUUUGUUCAGGUACGCGGCGAACUUAGACUGCGCUUCGCGGCGCGCCUCGAGCCCCUCUGGUGUGGGGGCAAGCUGUGCGAACUCGGGAACUCCAGGGAUCGGUGGGUCGACGGUGAAGAGGAAUGAAUGCCACUGGGACUUGGCCGCAUUUUGACACUUUGUAGAGCAGAAGAGAGCUUUGUCACCAGCGGCAGAUGUCAAUGAAACCGGGUCACUGAGCUCUUUGAAGCAUUGGAAGCAGUGCGUCCCAGCAGCUUGCAGAUCGAAAUCCAAUGACGUCAACAUCGGAUGUUCCUGCACCCUUGAGGCCAACAUAAUCGCGACGUGAACCAUGUAGCUCACCGUGUAGAUUAUC